ACAAUUUUUGACAUUUGACAGUCAUCGAAAGUCACCGGUUGUUUUGAUAUUCGAUUGAUUUUUUCUCGCAUUUUUCGGCAUUUUCUUAUCAGUGUUUAAGCAAACACUUCAUUUUUGUCCGAGCUACGUUGCAGAUUAACCUAAAAAUGCGAAAUUUAUGCAUUUUUGUGUUUUUAUGUGUAAGUAUUUGUUUAGGGGCUACACCAGAUGAGGAAUCGUGUCAUAGAUUUGGAGCCGGUACAGUGUACCCCCUUGGAGUAGACCCCAAGAAGUCUGAACAUAAAUUACAAUGGACCCAAGCUGUUAUUUCUAAACCGGCCCCUUUUUGGGAAAGUACGGCCGUGGUCGAUGGAGAGUUUGUGCAGUUGAAAUCCACUGACUUUCUGGGAAAAUAUUUAGUUUUCUUCUUUUACCCCCUUGAUUUUACUUUUGUGUGCCCCACUGAAAUUCUGGCAUUCAGUGAUAGAAUCCAAGAAUUUCGCGAUAUUAAUACAGAAGUUGUUGCCUGUUCAGUUGAUUCGCAUUUCACUCAUCUUGCUUGGAUUAACACACCUAGAAAAGAAGGAGGGCUUGGAAAAGUAAAGAUUCCACUUCUUUCGGAUUUGAAUCAUAGCAUAUCGAAAUCCUAUGGCGUCUUUUUGGAAGAUUUGGGGCAUACUCUUAGAGGUUUAUUUAUUAUUGAUACUAAAGGAGUACUUAGACAAAUCACAAUGAAUGAUUUGCCAGUAGGCAGAAGUGUUGAUGAAACUUUAAGACUGGUACAAGCCUUCCAAUAUACAGAUAAACAUGGGGAAGUAUGUCCUGCUGAAUGGAAACCAGGCCAGGAUACAAUUAUACCUAAUCCAAUUGAGAAAAAAAAAUAUUUCGAAAAACAUUAAUCAUCACAAAA